AAGAAGGAGAUUACCAUGGAGGAACUGAAGAAAGUUUUUGAGAUUUUCGAUGAUGACAGUACAGGGACAAUUUCCGUCAAAAAUCUACAAAGAGUUGCAAAGGAGCUUGGCCAAAACAUCUCAUUUGAGGAGCUAAAGGAAAUGGUUGCGGAAACAGACCUAGAUGGUGAUGGUGAAAUCAACUGGGAAGAGUUUCAACAGAUAAUGAAGGAGCCCGAACGCCACCCAACCUGCUGAGAAUGAGUUUUAGCUCAAAAAGCACGUCUUGUUGAGAUUCACAUUUGAUGCUGUCCCAGCAGUUUAAACGCUUUUCAAUAAAUAUUUCCGUGUGUCGUGCUUGCACACAUUUUUUGUUUGAAGUAUAUAUUAAAAAUAUUCUAAUCUAGUUAUUUGUUGUCAUCUUUACAUUUAACAAU